UGACUGUCAUUGAUCCUAGUUUUCUUGUUCCAUCCUUAAUGCAUCGAGUGCGGGAACUAAAGCUGGUUUAAACGGCUUUUCACAAGACGGCUUCUGCCACCCAAAUCAUUCCCGAUUGCGUUGUUCUGUGACCAUGAAAUCGCUGAUUUUCCUAACUCUUCUCGUUGUCACUAUUCACUGUUUAACUCCACCAGAAGGUCUCCGACGAGCCAAACAAGUUGGAAAUGGAAAUGGAGAGCCAACUGGUGUUGAACCACCACCAAACUUGCAGUUGAGAUCACGAAUGAUGGCUGCAAUGAAUUCGCAUACUCAACCAAUCGCUGCCGAAAAAGCCAAUAUUUUCAAUCAACCACUAAUUUUGACAAAGAACAAGAAGAUGUCAAAGCCAGUUGCAAAGGCUAUUAUUACUCAAGCCAUCACUGCAUCAACUGAGAUUCCAGUAGGAAAAGAAGAGAAAGUCACAUCGCCAACUACAUCUCUGUCCCCAGAAGACAUUAGAAAGAAAUUCACUAGCGUUGGCGAUGAAAAAGUGAAUCUGAACAUCCGUCCGGUGCUGAAAACCAAUUUUGUCGAUGCAAACGGAAAAGUUGUGAGAGACGUUGUUUCAGUCCCAAUUCGUGUCUCCGAUGGGCAAAUCAACUCUAUUCCGAAAAACGCCAAAAAAGCAACAUCCAGCUCGGCCGUCGUUGAAACCGAGAAAAAUGUGAAUGUCGCAUUUAGAUCAUCCCUACCCCUUUGGCUUUUCUAAUUGAGAUUUCUUGAAAUUUUUUAUUAAAGAUGAUUAUCGAAUCUUGACGAUAUAUCUAAUAAUACGAAUGAGUAAUAAAUAUGUUAUGGGUACUAAAA